AACUCCAAAAUGAGCAGCCAAAGCUACCUGCAAAAACCACCUUUAACGUUAAAUCCCUCUAUCCUUUCUCCCUCCCGAUCUUCGCCAGCAUCUCUCCAAAUAAACCUUCUUCAGUCUCACCAAAAACCAACACAGAAUAAGUUGAAUGGCUGUAAGAACUCGUGUUCUUCCUUGUUACCUGCUGCUGUAAAAGGAGGUUCUUCUUCUGGGAUUUUGUCUGCAAUCGGGAGAGCAAUUGAGGAAGAAGAAGAGUACAGAAAAGCCAGGGCUGAGGUUCACAAGAAGAGUGUGGAUUUGGAAGGGUAUUCAGUCGAAGGGAUUUCAAUUGGUGGUCAUGAAACUUGUGUUGUUGUUCCUCAACUCAAGGCCGCUUUCGACAUUGGGAGGUGCCCUUCUAGAGCUGUUCAUCAGAACUUCUUGUUUAUCACUCAUGCCCAUCUUGAUCACAUUGGUGGACUUCCAAUGUAUGUGGCUACUCGCGGUCUUUACAGCUUGAAACCUCCAACUAUUUUUGUUCCACCUUGUAUUAAAGAAGAUGUCGAGAAGUUAUUUGAUAUUCACAGGGCCAUGAGUAAUGUAGAACUCAACCUUGAUUUGGUUGCUCUGGAUAUAGGGGAAACUUAUGAAAUGCGGAAUGAUCUUGUUGUGCGACCAUUUAAAACUCAUCAUGUCAUACCCAGCCAGGGUUAUGUUGUUUACUCUGUUAGAAAGAAGCUGAGGAAACAAUAUAUGCACCUAAAGGGAAAGCAGAUUGAGAAACUGAAGAAGUCUGGUGUUGAGAUCACAGAUACUAUCUUGUGCCCUGAAGUGGCCUUCACUGGUGACACAAAGUCUGAUUUUUUCCUUGAUCCACGCAAUGCUGAUGCAUUGAGGGCAAAGAUCCUUAUAACUGAGGCUACCUUUUUGGAUGAGAGUGUCACUGUUGAACAUGCACGUGAUCACGGUCAUACACACCUAUUUGAGAUUAUGGAGCAUGCCCAGUGGAUUAGGAGCAAAGCAGUAAUAUUGACUCAUUUCUCUCCCCGCUACAACAUUGAGGACAUCCGCCAAGCUGUAUCAAGAUUGCAGUCAAAGGUCUCAGCAAAAGUAAUUGCUCUAACGGAGGGUUUUAAAUCAAAGUAUUCGUAGAUGGGAGCUGUAUUACUCUCUACAAUGAUCUGUUGUUUGUAUUUGUUAUUUAGUUUUCACUAUCUUUGUUUGCAACAAUUUGUUGUAGUCUCCACCUGUGCGUGCGUAUGUAAAUUUUCAGGUGAUUCUGUAGAUAUAUUGGAUAAGCUUUUGCAGAAGGAGCUUCUAGAGCAACGUUUAGGGAAUGGUAGGGUUAUGGAUCACAGGUUUUCAGAGUCAAAUUUGGCACAGUAGAUCAACUUUCCACAUUUGAUUUCCUGGACGCUCUCUUUAAAGGCUCUUGAAUUCAACAAUGCAGCGCUCUAGAGUUUUUUUUUC